AUGUUGGGUACUUCUGUUAUUGUGCAAAUGGACAACGAUGAAGCGGACGUGGAUGACAUCACCGAUGUCAAAGCUCAACAUGACGACGUCGCCAAAAGAAGCCAGAGCGAGGCAGAGUCCUGGCGCUACAGCAAGUAUGAGGAACCGAGAGAAACCACUGGCAAACACCAUGACAGCUCACGUAACACAGAGAAUGAAAUUGCGGAGCUGAACUGGGUGAUUCAGAGACUUACUGGAGAAUGUGAAAACACCAAAGCCCAGAGACGCAAACUGGAAGGAGCCAUUGCUGAAGCCGAGGAGCACGGGGAAGCGGUUGACAAGGAUGCAAAGUGCAAACUCGCUGAGCUAGAGGUAUCCCUGCAGAAGGUGCAGCAGGACACGGCCUGCGAGUACCAGGAGCUCAUGAACGUCAGGCUGGCCCUGGGCAUUGAGAUCGGGACCUACAGGAAGCUGCUGGAGGGAGAAGAGAGCCGACCUUUAUGGGGCAAAUAUGCUGCUGCUUUCGCUGUCGGCAAGCGCAACGUAUGCUAA